CACCAGAGAUGACUAGGGGGAAGGGACGCGAUGUGACUAUUUGGGGGCUGCUCUAGUCCUGUCAUACACGGGCACCUGCUCCACACCAGUCUCUGUCUUCCCUCUUGUCGGGGCUGGAGGAGUUGGCACCGUCGGCGUGUCUGAUUCUUCAGCUGUUGGUCAGAGGCUGGGGACCAGGGAGGUGAGAAGGGAGCCACGGGGGUGCGGUGCUGAGCAGCCGCGGUCGGUCCAGCCUGUUGGUGAUGUGCCGAGCCCACUGCCACUCCGGGCAUGGCUAACACGCAGCACCAGCCGUCGCGCUACCGGAGGAGCAAACGCAUAGGUACCAGAAAUCCGGAUCCAGGAUCCUCCGCAACCCCCGGCUUGUCUGAGCGCGCAGGGCCCGCUUUGUGGCCGGCUCCCGCGCACCGCGGAGUUUGGGGCUGGGGGCCGAGUCCUGCGGCUCACUGCGGCUGGCGGCAGGGGACGGAUUAUUUUUAGCAGGUUCCCUUUAGCCCAGCGGAGCCGGGAGAUGUUGGCGGAGCCGGGCGGUUGUCUGCAGAGCGUUGGUGCAACCGUGCCUGCUGCCCGGGAGGUUUGGCUGCCGCAGUCCCCUCCAUUCACUGGGCUGUAAAUCGAAGCUGUCUCCACCGGCAAGGCGCUCGAUCUCAGCGUGGCCCUGGGGCUGCGUCCCGCCCAGGUCUCCCGGCACCUGAUUUCCCAGUGGUCAAUUAAGUGUCUCAGCCUGCAGCACUGAAGCAGUGGAGGGGCCAAUGCCCCGGCUUUGAUGGAGCGCGCCGUGCGCAGAGACCUCCCCAGUCGACUUCCUCAUCAGAAGGCAGCAUCCAUUCAUAAUUCUCUCUCUGCCUGUGGACCGAGUUAGGCUGGAGCUGGGCAUGGACUCCUGCGAUCUCCCUUUUUGCAUCUGAAGGCGAAACUAAGAUAAAAGGCAAAAGGAAGAAGGAAUGCGGUCCUAACGCAACAAGGCGCUGGCAAGCCCCCCGAGAGGCCUCUCCUUCGCGGGGAGAGGGAGAAGAGGCAUAUCCUGAGCCCAGCGCCCCAGCCAGCUGCUGCUUCGCUGCGGAGCCGGCACGCAUGCCUACCUCACCUGACGGCCGCAUUCCUGGGGAGCCGGCGCGGGGCCCGGCGGCGCGCCCAGGGCGCACGGGCGGUAGGAUUUCUGCACCCGGAGAACGAUGCGCGGGCGGGCUGCCCAGGGCCGAGCCCGAGCCCGAGCCCGAGCGGGCGCCCGGGGAAGCUAGCCUCGGCGCGGCGCCCCACCGCAACCCCCCGGGAUGCUCCGCGACUCGCAGCCCAGGCCACUCGGCCGUCUCCAACCUGGACAUUGAGAGUAAACUGAGCGUGUACUACCGUGCGCCAUGGCACCAGCAGAGAAACAUCUUCCUCCCGGCCACAAGGCCACCCUGCGUGGAGGAGCUGCACCGCCAUGCCCGGCAGAGCCUACAAGCCCUGCGCAGAGAGCACCGGAGCCGGAGUGAUCGCCGGGAGCAGAGAGCCGCUGCCCCUCUUUCCAUAGCGGCCCCUCCACUGCCAGCCCACCCCCCAGCUCACAGCCAGAGGAGGCGCGAAGUUAAGGACCGGCACUUCUUAACGUUUAACAGCACCCGUUCGCCCUCCCCCACUGAGUGUUGCCACAUGACCCCAUGGAGUAGAAAGUCCCAUCCCCCGGAGGAUGAAGAUACAGAUGUCAUGUUAGGGCAGAGGCCAAAAAACCCAGUACACAAUAUCCCCUCGACACUGGACAAGCAGACCAACUGGAGCAAAGCACUGCCUCUCCCAACACCAGAGGAAAAGAUGAAACAAGACGCCCAAGUGAUUUCUUCUUGCAUUAUUCCCAUCAAUGUCACUGGAGUUGGUUUUGACAGAGAGGCUAGUAUACGCUGCUCCCUUGUUCAUUCACAAUCCGUACUACAGCGGAGACGAAAACUGAGGAGGAGGAAAACCAUCUCGGGUAUCCCCAGAAGAGUCCAACAAGAAAUAGAUUCUGACGAAUCCCCUGUGGCCAGGGAAAGGAAUGUGAUCGUGCACACAAAUCCAGACCCUUCCAACACUGUGAAUAGGAGGUCUGGAACCAGGGACUCCGAGUGCCAAACUGAAGAUAUUCUGAUUGCUGCUCCAUCCAGAAGGAGAAUCAGAGCUCAAAGGGGUCAAAGCAUCACAGCUUCCCUUUCUCACUCCGCUGGCAACAUCUCUGCAUUGGCAGACAAAGGCGACACCAUGUUUACCACUGCAGUGAGCAGCCGUACAAGAUCUCGGAGCCUUCCCCGGGAGGGCAACAGAGGUGGGGAUGCUGAGCCCAAAGUUGGUGCUAAACCCUCAGCAUAUGAAGAGGGGGAGCCCUUCAUGGGCGACCGAGAAAGAUCGUCAAAUGAUUGCAGUGAGGCCCCCAGCAGCCCAAGUGCACAGGAACACCAGCCUGCUCUGGGCCUGGCUUGUUCUCAACAUCUUCACAGCCCUCAGCACAAGUUAAAUGAGAGAGGGAGGUCACGCCUGUCCCGAGUGGCUGCCGACUCUGGCAGCUGUGACAUCUCCUCCAACUCAGACACCUUUGGGAGCCCCAUCCACUGCAUCUCCACAGCUGGUGUCCUCCUCAGCAGCCACAUGGACCAGAAAGAUGACCACCAAUCAUCCAGUGGCAACUGGAGUGGGAGCAGCUCCACAUGCCCCUCACAGACCUCAGAGACAAUCCCUCCUGCGGCUUCUCCUCCCCUAACUGGGUCUUCACACUGUGACUCGGAGUUGUCACUCAACACAGCCCCUCAUGCUAAUGAGGAUGCCAACGUCUUCGUGACAGAGCAGUACAAUGACCACCUGGAUAAAGUGAGAGGCCACCGGGCAAACUCCUUUACGUCCACUGUGGCAGAUCUGCUGGAUGACCCCAACAACAGCAACACCAGUGACAGUGAGUGGAACUACCUACACCACCAUCACGAUGCCUCCUGCCGCCAGGAUUUUAGUCCUGAGCGCCCCAAGGCAGACAGCCUGGGCUGCGCAAGCUUCACAAGCAUGGCCACUUAUGACAGCUUUCUGGAAAAGUCUCCAUCAGACAAAGCAGACACUAGCUCUCACUUCUCAGUGGACACAGAAGGAUACUACACUUCCAUGCACUUUGACUGUGGUCUCAAAGGCAGUAAGAGUUACGUCUGUCACUAUGCAGCCCUGGGCCCAGAGAAUGGCCAGGGCAUUGGGGUUCCUCCUACUCUUCCCGACUGUGCCUGGCAGGACUACUUAGACCACAGGAGGCAGGGGAGACCAAGCAUCUCUUUCAGGAAACCAAAGGCAAAGCCGACCCCACCUAAACGUAGUUCAUCACUGAGGAAGUCCGAUGGAAAUGCAGACAUUUCUGAGAAGAAAGAACCAAAGAUAAGCAGCGGCCAGCUCCUGCCUCACAGUUCCAGGGAAAUGAAGCUGCCUCUAGAUUUCUCCAACACACCUUCUCGAAUGGAAAAUGCCAACCUUCCCACCAAGCAAGAAUCUUCUUGGAUGAACCAGAGUGAGCAUGGUAUUAAGGAGCCUCAGUUAGACACUCCAGAUAUUCCGCCAUUCAAAGAUGAAGGUGCUGAAUCAGCUCACUAUGCAGAUCUCUGGCUUCUGAAUGACUUGAAAACAAAUGAUCCUUACAGAUCUUUAUCUAAUUCCAGCACUGCUACGGGUACCACAGUUAUUGAAUGCAUCAAAUCUCCAGAGAGCUCUGAAUCCCAAACAUCCCAGUCAGAAUCAAGAGCAACCACCCCAUCCCUUCCUUCUGUUGACAAUGAGUUUAAAUUGGCCUCACCAGAAAAGUUGGCCGGCUUGGCAUCUCCAUCAAGUGGCUACUCAAGCCAGUCUGAAACACCAACUUCCUCUUUCCCUACAGCUUUCUUUUCUGGCCCGCUGUCUCCUGGAGGUAGCAAAAGAAAACCAAAAGUCCCAGAAAGGAAAUCCUCACUACAGCAACCCUCUUUAAAAGAUGGAGCUCUGUCACUGAGCAAAGACCUUGAACUUCCAAUUAUACCUCCUACCCAUCUUGACCUAAGUGCUCUUCAUAGUGUCUUGAAUAAACCAUUCCACCACCGUCACCCACUGCAUGUUUUUGCUCAUGGUAAGCAGAACCCAGUAGGAGAAACCCUGCGGUCCAACCCUCCGCCGUCCCUUGCGAUUACGCCAACAGUCCUGAAGUCUGUUAACCUGAGGUCCGUCAGCAAGUCUGAAGAAGUGAAGCAGAACGAGGGCAACAAUACAGAUCUCCCCUACUUAGAGGAUAGCACUCUCGCAAUGGCUGCCCUGUCUCCAGGUAAGAUUAAGCCACAUGCGGCUAAGAAAUCAGUAUCACGUCAGUACUCCGCUGAAGACACCAUACUGUCCUUCUUAGACUCCUCUGCAGUCGAGAUGGGACCAGAUAAACUACAGUUAGAGAAAAAACGUACUUUUGAUGUAAAGAACCAUUGUGAACCAGAAACGGUGACCUCAGCUGGUAGCAAUCUUCUAGAUUCGAGUGUCACGAAAGACCAAAAACAUAUGGAGAAUGAGCCUGUUCCGGAAAGUACGGCGAGUAAGAAUUUUGACUUUCCCACAGAGGGAUUUCAGAGGGUCUCUGGUGCCCGCCCAAAUGAGCUGGAUGGCAAAGUACGACAAUAUGGAGCGGGUCCAGACGGGGCCCUGGCACAGGUGCAGAAGCCAUCCUCUGCAGAUUGGGAGGAAGCUGCAUACCCCGAGUCUCUCGAUGCGCUCGCGGCUCAGUCAGACUCGCCAACCAGACCCACAGACAUAAGCAAUCCACUCAAGCCUCAACCUGGGAUGAGCCGCCACCAUGACAAAGUGCCUGGGAAUACCAGCUGUGAAGCGGAGCUAUCAACUGCAAAUUCAUGCCCUGAAAAAUGUUCUGAGCAGGAAAAUACCGCUUCAGGUGUUUCCGCCAAAAGUGCCUCUGACAACAGCGAAGCAGAGGAGACCCAAGGAAGCGUGGAUGAGGUUUCACUGAAAGAAUCGUCACCGAGUGAUGACUCUAUGAUUUCACCGCUUAGUGAAGACUCUCAGGCCGAAGCAGAAGGUGUGUUCGUGUCUCCAAACAAACCUCGUACAACUGAGGAUUUGUUUGCAGUCAUUCACAGGUCUAAGAGAAAAGUCCUUGGAAGAAAAGACUCCGGGGAUAUGUCUGCUCGAAGCAAAUCGAGGGCUUCUCUUGGCAGCAGUAGCAGCAGCAGCGCUGGUUCUGGUACUUCGCCCAACAGCAACGUGACCACCCCAAACAGCCAGAGGUCCCCGGGCCUCAUCUACCGAAAUGCCAAAAAGUCCAACACGUCCAACGAAGAGUUUAAGCUGUUACUCCUCAAGAAAGGAAGUCGCUCGGAUUCUAGUUACCGCAUGUCUGCUACUGAGAUCCUCAAGAGUCCCAUCCUGCCCAAACCUCCUGGAGAGCUCACAGCUGAGUCCCCACAAAGCACCCAUGAGGCUCAUCAGGGGGUCCCCGGGGCCGAGGCCCUGUCCCCACUCUCUCCCUGCUCCCCGAGAGUUAAUGUGGAAGGGUUUUCCUCAAAGAACUUUGCCACCUCGGCCUCCUCGAGGGUUGGCCGCUCCCGAGCACCCCCUGCGGCCAGCAGCAGUCGCUACAGCGUCCGCUGCAGGCUGUACAAUGCGCCCAUGCAGGCCAUCUCUGAGGGCGAGACAGAAAAUUCUGAUGGGAGCCCACAUGACGACCGAUCCUCCCAGAGCUCAACAUAGGUGGCCCGGGCCAGGCUGGCUGUCCAAGGCCAAAACCCUUAGUCGUAUGAGGAUGUAGGAACAGAAGAGAGGACUGAGGAGAAGUCAGCACAACGUGGGGUACCAUCACCGCUUACCAACGAAUUCCUAAAUAUUGGCUGGGGAAAUGGAAGAUGGUCCUUCUUGAUUAUUUUCCACAUCUUUAAGUAGCUGCACUGUCUUUCAUAUUUUUCUUUAGCUUAGUUUGAUUUACCCAAUCUCAUUCCUUUUGAUAAUAUAGAAUUUGAAAAUGUCUGCUUUUCAUGAAACCUAGACAAAGUUUUCCCAGAGCUGCCUAUUCAGAAAACAAAGCCCUCACUGUCAUAAUUCUUAAGAAGAUGAAAUUACUCUGGAGGUUUGGUAUUUUUUUACAUUAAAAUGAACUAAAGCAAAAUUCAGAAGAAAGAACUACACACAUGUAAAUACCAUAUUUUUGAUAAAAAUGUGUAAAUAGAUUUAUCAAUGACGAGUGGACAUGUGGCCAAUUAUCUACCACACACCAACUGUUUAUAGAACACAACAAAUAAAGUGUAAUAACUGUAUUCUGUGAAUACCAUUUUCAUAUAAAAUACCAUAUUUAAAUGUCCACCAAUAUGAUUUUCUGAGUGAUAGAUAAACCUCAAUUAUGAAUUUUAAACUGGUGAAAUAAAGAAAAUCUUGAGGUCAUAUACUGAAAUGUGAUUAAUUUAAAAUAAUGAAUUCAGACCUAGCCAUUUUUGUGACAAAUUGCAGCACCAAACAAGUGAAUAGUAACACAUGGCUAUGAUUUGCCAUGUGGUAAUUUGGACAGAAUGAAAAGCAUGCUUUUGAUUUUUUUUAAUCAAUGAGAAAAAUCAACAUUCUCAACACAAAGCCCUGAAGAACAUUUGACAGUGUCUUUUAGAUUUUUAAUUUUUCAGUGGAUUGCUUUAAAGAGAAUGAAUAGGGAAAACAAUAGUUAAUUUAGGUUAUGUUUUAUAUUAGGCUACUGGGGACAUAAACAGUCAUCAUCUAAUGACUAUAAACUCCUUAAACAGUUUAGUAAUUAGCUCCAGUUUCUUUAACUAACAAAAAUAAAACAUAAGCAUGCCACAGAGCUAUUGAUUUAUCAGUAAGUACCUGCAAUGAGUUUUCAGUGAAGCUUUCUCUCUGUGCUGAUGAGAUUCAUGCUACCUAAAAAAAAGUAACAGAAAUGACACUGUGAACAAUAUAGUUGGGAAAUAGGUAUGUGUAUAGGCAUUAUUUAUAUUCACUGUUAAACUGGGAAUGGGGAACAGCUCUGGUUCACAAUGCUACAUACAAAUGAGUUUUUGUCUGAUUUUACUAUAUCUGCUUGAUGGCAAAAGGGGAGGGUGGUGGGUGGGAAUGGAAAUGUCAGGGUGAGUGCUCUGAUACAAUGAAGGCAGGGAAACAAGCUGAAUUACUUGAAAUUACUUGAAUUUUCUUGUCUUAAAACUGAAAAAAAAAGUAGUUACAAGUUGAAAUCUGUAAAUGAUUCUUACACCUCUGAUUUUAACGUGAACUGAUACUAAUGUUUGAAAUAUGUCAGAAAUAUAAGCAGCUAUGUACUUAAAAUAUGUUUUGAAUGGGACAAGGUAGAAAGUAGAGAGAACUAAGAAGGGAUAUGGCCUAUAAAAGAAUAGAAUGUGAUUAGAAUGAUAGAACAGACCAGAGUUACCAAGAAAUUGAUAAGCAGCUGGCUUUAAGUUUAUGCAAGUGGUAUUUGGGAAAGUAGGAUGUGUGAAAGGGGGUUUGUGGCUUUGGUUUAAUUCAUACCAUAUGAAGGAGAAAGCCUGGUCUAAGAGGAUGCUGUCUUUCAAUAGAAACACUUUCUAAGGUGUUAUAGAUUGAGAAUUAGAGAAUCUGAUUGCUGUUGGGUUUUUGUUUGUAAAGAAAAAAAAUGUCUGUCUCCUACUAUUUGUUUUCACUAUCAAAUGGUAUUUCUUAAUUUGUCAUCCUUGUAUGUAAAAUAUGUGCUGGGGGUGGUGGGGUAGAGGAGGGAGAACGUGCGUGUGUGGAUGUGAGUGUGUGUGUGUGUGUGUGUGUGUGUGUGCUUGUGCUGGGAUAGAUAAGCUACCUGGUAAAGGGUACAUUUGAACAUUUACAAAGUGUUAUACUUUUUAUUAAAAGAAAAAUGUUUGGGGUUUGAAAAAAAUGGACCAUCAUUUCUCAUUGGAACCCAUUAGUCAAGAAAACCAGCAUGGUUUGACACAUGGGAACAUGAAUAACUUUUUCUCAUGCUUUGAAAAGUACACUUGGCAAAAUUUUAAAAGAAAGUUUUUAGACAAAUGCGAUAAGAAACCGUCAUUUCCAGUCACAAUAGGUGAUCUUUUGUAAUUUUCAUAAAAGCAGUUCGUUUGCAGUAUGGCUUUUGUGUAGUUAGGGGUUUUUUAAGCGUAAAGAAAGGUAUGUGGGCUUUAAAGUGAUUCUAAAUCUUGAAUAGGAAACACAUGAAUUGGCUUUAAUAAAUAUGUCACCUUUUUAUUAUUGACAUCAAUUUAAGUAAUGGUACCAUAUAUUUUUUAAAAUACAUACUGACUUGAAUUGUGAGGCAAUAAGAUUCCUUCUAUAUGUAAUGAUCACAGAACUAACCCUUAUAAUAUAGUUUUACUUAUUUUGUUUACUCUAAAAAUCUAUAGCAGAGUUUCUCUAUUUUAUAUUUCAUAGAUUUAAAAAAAAAAACCCAAGUAAUGAUGGAUUUUAAAUUCACUGUGUUAAGAGUAUUGAGUAACAAACUGAGUAAAAAAAAAAAAAGGAAAGAAAAAGUAAGGAAUUCCUUAUUAAUCUGGAAUAUUCUACAUGGCUUUAUUACAUAGCAUAUAAAACCAAGAAUUAGAGGGCUGUCCUCAACAUCACUGCCGUUUUGAAGCAGGGUACACACAUUAGGUAUCGUGAAAAACAUCAAUCCAAACUUUUCUUCUGUUGUUUGCACUGAUGCUAAUUUUUUGUUCUUUUAUGUUUAUGCAACAUGUCUAUGUUGUGUGAGGGAAAAUUUUUUUCCUUUUUGUUUUUUUGUGUUUUGGGGUUUUUUUGUUUUUGGCUAAGUAGAGGACAUGGACUAGUUGUAGCAAACAAAACACACUGUUUGCUCUUGCCAAAGGUCAGUGAGUGAGUACAUUUGCUGCAGAGAUGGCAGACUUAGAGAAUUAGAUCAUGACAAAGAUUUAAAACUAUAAAGAAGGUUACAGUGUAACUAUUUUGGUACUAGAACCAGUUCGUGCUGGCCAAAAAGACAAUGGUUUAUGGACUUGCAUCCAUUUUGUAUUUUUGUAAUAUUUGUAAAUAUGAACUUUUUAAAUUGUUGCAGAAAUGGUUUCUUUUGUAAGAUGUUUUCAACGUUUACAUUCAAUUCAAGCCUUUGUAUAUUUUAGAGCUGUGCAACACUUUAAGUCUUGUAUUUAUUUUUAGUAAAAAUGGUGACAGUUUCAUUGUGAACCCCUCUCAAAAAAAUGUACCAGAAAAGUUUGAUUACCUAGAAAGUGUGUAUAGAAACUGCAAAUAAACGUGACUGCAAUUAAACAACCAG